CGCGCACAGAUGCGGGUUAGACUGGCGGGGGGAGGAGGCGGAGGAGGGAAGGCAGCUGCAUGUAUGAGACCCACAGACUCUUGCAAGCCGGAUGCCCUCUGUGGAUGAAAGAUGUAUCAUGGAAUGAACCCGAGCAAUGGAGAUGGAUUUCUAGAGCAGCAGCAGCUUCAGUCCCCCCAGAGACUCUUGGCCGUGAUCCUGUGGUUUCAACUGGCGCUGUGCUUCGGCCCUGCACAGCUCACGGGCGGGUUCGAUGACCUUCAGGUGUGUGCGGACCCAGGCGUCCCCGAGAAUGGCUUCAGGACGCCCAGCGGAGGGGUUUUCUUUGAAAGCUCUGUCACGCGAUUUCACUGCCAAGACGGAUUCAAGCUGAAGGGCUCCACAAAGAGACUGUGUGUGAAACAUCUGAACGGAACCCUAGGCUGGAUCCCAAGUGAUAAACCCGUCUGUGUGCAGGAAGAUUGCCGCAUCCCGCAAAUCGAAGAUGCUGAGAUUCAUAACAAGACAUACAGACACGGAGAUAAGUUAAUCAUCACUUGUCAUGAAGGAUUCAAGAUCCGGUACCCUGACCUAUACAACGUGGUUUCGUUAUGUCGUGAUGACGGAACGUGGGACAAUCUGCCCAUCUGUCAAGGCUGCCUGAGACCACUCGCCUCUUCUAACGGCUACGUGAACAUCUCCGAGUUCCAGACCUCCUUCCCAGUGGGAACUGUGAUCUCCUAUCACUGCUUUCCUGGAUUCAAACUUGAGGGGUCGGAGUAUCUCGAGUGCUUACACAACCUUAUCUGGUCGUCCAGCCCACCCCGGUGCCUUGCUCUGGAAGUCUGUCCGCUACCUCCAAUGGUGAGUCACGGCGAUUUCGUCUGCCACCCGCGGCCUUGUGAGCGCUACAACCACGGAACUGUGGUGGAGUUUUACUGCGAUCCCGGCUACAGCCUCACCAGUGAUUACAAGUACAUCACCUGCCAGUAUGGGGAGUGGUUUCCCUCCUAUCAAGUCUACUGCAUCAAGUCAGAGCAAACGUGGCCCAGCACCCACGAGACCCUCCUGACCACGUGGAAGAUCGUGGCGUUCACGGCGACCAGCGUGCUGCUGGUGCUGCUGCUUGUCAUCCUGGCCAGGAUGUUCCAGACCAAGUUCAAGGCCCACUUUCCCCCCAGGGGACCUCCCAGGAGUUCCAGCAGCGACCCUGACUUCGUGGUGGUAGACGGUGUGCCCGUCAUGCUCCCAUCCUACGAUGAGGCUGUGAGUGGCGGCUUGAGUGCCUUAGGCCCCGGGUACCUGGCCUCCAUGGGCCAGGGCUGCCCCUUACCCGCGGACGACCAGAGCCCCCCAGCAUACCCCGGCUCAGGGGACACGGACACGGGCCCAGGCGAGUCAGAAACCUGUGACAGCAUCUCAGGCUCUUCGGAGCUGCUCCAGAGUCUAUAUUUACCUCCCACGUGCCAAGGGGGCACCCGCCCCGCUUCCGACAACCCUGACACCAUUCCCAGCACGGCGGGGGAGGUGGCAUCCACCAGCCCAGGCAUCGACAUUGCAGAUGAGAUUCCUCUAAUGGAAGAAGAUCCAUAACUGGGAAAAGUCCCGAUGAUUCUGCUGCCCCUUUGGGGAUGGGAGCCUUGUACCUUGGAGUGAGGCCUCGGGAGGACAGAACUUGGGGGAAUGGGGGAAGUUUUCUAAUUUAUCAACGUGGGAACAGUGACUCACAUCGUACAUCUCGGACUCAACAGUGAGGCUGACAAACGGCGGUGGCAGUGCUUUUAAAUGAGACUUGAGGAUUUGCCAAGAGCAGUGAGGAACAAAAGGAUGGGGUUAACUCUGUGCGGUCCUGGAUGGUGUUAAGUGCAUCUCGUGCUGCGGAACAUGGGACAGACGGUUCCACGCGUAUCCCACCGAAUCCCACAUCCCGCUGACUGAUGUUAUGAGUACUACCCGCUUCCUCUGAAAGCAUGUCACAUUAUGUAAAUCGCUUCUAAAAUCUGCUUCAAACUGUCACUGGACUCCAAAUUAGAAUGGAUCAGCCUCUGCAGGAAGUCUGCGUUGAGCUGCUGGCAGAGCAGCAGAGCGCCCCCUGCAGGCUCCCAAAGGAAGAUUCUGGCAUAUCCCUUGGACAGUCUUCCUUGGGCUGGACAACUCUGCUCAAGGCAAAACUAAAGCGGGAUGUGGCAGUUCCACGGAGGAAGGAAAGGAAAGACUCAGGCAGACUCUGCUUUCUGAAAAUUUCUUCAAAAAGUAGAGCUCCUGCCCUCCGUGCUCUCCUUUGGUGAAAUAUCGUCAGUGUUUGUAUUCAUGGUCUAGCACACGGAUCCACGACAUUGGCUAAAUCUUGUGACUUUACACAUGGUCAGAGUGUGUCCAAAUACAUCUCAUGGUGGCCAGGUAACCAAGGUAGUGUUUCGUUUUGGCAUUUUUAAAAGAUUCCACUUGACAAUGUAUCUGAGUCGUGAGCUCCUCCCCGGUUACCUAUUAGGGUUGUUGCCCCCGCUCCCAAACUCAGCCAGAUUUAAUUUUCCAAAACCGCAAUUGUAUCUGAAAACACAUUCCUCCUCCUCCAAAUAAAGUAUGAAACUAGAUUUUCCCCCCCUUUUAUUUUGCCCUGCAAAGUCCUCAGGCUCCAAAGACGGAACGGCUCUCCCCUCCUGCUUCCGGGGCUCUCUGGCUCUCUCACCCGCCUGUCCAUCCAGCACGCCCACAGCGCGCUUUCCCGGGACCCACCGGGUGUCGCUCCUAAGAAAAUGAUUGAUAAAAACAUAUCCAGAGUCCCGAAGUGUCUCUUCAAAUACAUGUUGAUCUGUGGAGCUGAUUCCUUUUCUCCUCUGGGUUUUAGACAAAUACAAACAAAACUCUGAUCCAUGAAAUUGCUUUUGCUGAUAGAGCGGUGAGAGCUGGAAGCUUCAUCAGAUCCUGUUUCUUCUCGACACAGACGGAUUAAAAAUUAAAAAGAAAA